AUGCUCAACCGAGCACUAACACGGCAUGGCAAUGGCGUCCUCUUCUCAUCAACCCUCUCCAGAAAUGGCAUCCUCCGAGCUCACCGCCAACUCCUCCUCUCAAGACCUCACUCCCGCUCCAUCGAGACGACCACCGUGACCAGCGCCGACAUAGCUCGCCUCGCCGCCGCUCCUCUCCACCCAUUGACUCUCGCCGACCUCUGCAAACACGGCCGCUCUCCGCUCUCCGAAUCCGCUCUCCUCAACAGCGCCAACUUCACCCUCGACAUAUUACCUGCCCGCCUCGCCCACCGCAUUCAAUCCCUCCGCGCUCUCCCAUACAUCGUCGUCGCCAACCCCAAUGUCUCCCGCAUCCACUCCAACUACCUCCACUCGCUGUCCACCCUCCUCCCCUACGCCGAGCGCCGAAUCGAAUCCCUCGAAGAUGAGAUCAAAUUCACCGAAGUCAUGGCCGACCUGGUCCGAACCCACAACAACACAAUCGCCGUCCUCGCGAGAGGUUUCCUCGAAGCAAGAAAAUACAUCACAAAAGAAGCCAUCACCGCUUUUCUUGACGAACACCUCCGCGCGAGAAUUGGCACCCGUCUGAUCGCGGAACAACACAUCGCUCUGCACUUCAGCAGCAUCCCUCAUAACAGGAACCCUCCACAACCAUCGUCCUACAUCGGCGUGAUCGACACCUCCCUCCGUCCAGCCGAUAUCAUCCGCAGUUGCGAGCACACUGUUGGUGAGAUAUGCGAGCUGAAAUAUGGCGUGCGUCCGACUGUCAACAUUAUUGGAAGUCCAGACACGACGAUCGCACAUAUACCCAUGCAUCUGGAAUACAUCCUCACGGAACUGCUCAAGAAUUCCUUCCGUGCGACUAUUGAAGCAGGAAUGGAGCGCGAACCGGUUGAAAUCACCAUCGCACCAGCUCCAGCAUCAGCUUCUCAGACAGCAGAUCUCAAGUCGAAGUCCUCCUCUCCCAAUCGUACCAGCAGCGCCAUCACAAACCAGGACCAAGGUUCUGUGGAUCUCGCUUCCGGCGGCAAGUCGUCAAACGACAGCACCAUCCGUCCCUUAGCGCAACAAACUCCCGGUGUCACGAUCCGUCUGCGAGACCGCGGUGGAGGCAUUGAUCCCGCUAUCCACGCGAAAUUGUGGGAACGAAAGACGAAGGCGUGGAGGAGCAAGAGAGACAGCGCAUUUCCUGCCCUCCUUCACCCCGACAGAGGUAAAGAGCUCCUCCUCUAUCCUGCGCAUCACCUCCGCGCGGAUGAACUCAAGGAAUACAUCCGCCUCGCCGAAUUGCAGAUCCGUCCGCGGCUCGCCAUGCUUAUCAAGAGGUGGCCGAUACGUCCCAUCUCGAGAAGGAGGCGUCAAGUCCGGACCUCGCCGAAAGUCAUAGACGAAUUGGGAUGGAGGAUACCCAACCCCGACGAUGAUGCUGCGGGUGCCGUUGAGAGACUCUAG